AUAUUUUUUUCUUUCAAAUUUCACAUUUAUAUACUUUUUUAAAAUCGUAAUUAUUUUAUCUCUAGUUCACUUGUUUGUCUCUCUGUCACUUUGGCAGCAACAUCUCCAGACGAUUGAAGCACCUUCCUCUCUCUGCUUCUCCCCCAACUCAACCCUCUGACGUGUGAGCCUUUACAGUAAGUAUGGAAGUAAACAGAGGCCAAAAUGGAAUUCAACUUUUGUUGGCUGCAGAGCAAGAGGCCCAGCACAUUGUUAAUACAGCCAAAAACGCCAAGAUGGCCAGACUAAGACAAGCGAAGGAAGAGGCUGAAAGGGAUAUUGCUGAAUUCCGUGCACAUAUGGAAGCCGAAUACCAAAGAAAACUUGCUGAGAGUAGCGGAGACUCUGGUGCAAAUGUUAAGCGUCUUGAAAAAGAAACCGAUGCUAAAAUCGAACAGCUAAAGGCACAAUCUUCCAGUAUUUCUCCUGAAGUUGUUCAGAUGUUGCUGAAGUUUGUCACAACUGUCAAGAACUGAUUUUUUUUUAAUUUUUUUAAAAGAACUUCAGAUGGGUGUUUCGCGUGUAGCGAAAUUUCUUUCCUUGAUAUCCAUUUUCGCCCCCGAACGAGACAUCGAGAUGGUUGGUUCUAUUUUGUAGUUGAUUGUAUUUGUUACCUGAGUACUGGUUUGCCCCAUUUAUGUGUAAAAUGGUUGGUCACAUUCACAUAUUUGUUGAACAGAUGAAUUCUGAUUUUGAAAUAAAUGCCUGGAAUCGAGAUUAUUGGCCUAAUGGUCUA